AUGUUGAAGCGCGUUCUAGUUGACCCGGAAGCAUUUCGGUCCACGCGUGAAUCGUUGCUGAUACGAAAGCACCCGGUGGAGACGAGCGGCAUACGAUCUGAGAAAACAGUUUUUGUAAAUCAACAGCCAUGAGUUUGUUAACAAAGCCCAAGUCAGAGAUGACCCCAGAGGAGCUCCAGAAACGAGAGGAGGAGGAGUUCAACACUGGCCCUCUGUCUGUGCUCACCCAGUCAGUCAAAAACAACACACAGGUCCUCAUCAACUGUCGCAACAACAAGAAGCUGCUUGGAAGAGUCAAGGCGUUUGACAGACACUGCAACAUGGUCUUGGAGAACGUGAAGGAGAUGUGGACAGAAGUUCCCAAGAGCGGAAAGGGAAAGAAGAAGUCUAAGCCUGUGAACAAGGACCGCUACAUUUCUAAAAUGUUCCUCAGGGGUGACUCUGUCAUCGUUGUGCUGAGAAAUCCUCUGAUCACAGGAAAAUGAACUGCCUAUAGACGCCGAGCUGAGCCAAUCACUGGUUCCUAUUUCUCUCUUUUUCUUUAUUUGAAAGAUUUGAAGGCAGUGGACUGUCAUUGAUGUAAGUUGAUAUAAGGUUUUUUGUUUUUUAGUUGGAUCACUGCAUUCACUAUUAAGACAGAAACAUACCGUCAACAAAAUGAUGUUUCUGCUAGAGUUGAUUAGGUGCAAUAGUACCUGAUUUUUCUUUGUCUAAAAAAGUCUUCUGUCUUUUUCAUUUUAAUAAUAAAAGUGAUGAAUAGAUUCAA